UUAGCAACUGACAUCGUGACUGCUGACUAUGACGGUAGAUGAAAGUGAUCGAGGGGAGGAGAGCUAAGAAAAAAAAGUUGAAGGGACCUAUCAUUGCAACACUUGUGCGAUAAUCUCAAAACAACGCUGCAGAUAGAGAGAUCUUGCCCGAGACUUGGGGCUAGAUUUUUCGGCACAUCACUUCAUUGAUAGAUCUCAUGGUGGUGAGACCCUCAUAUUUUUCACUCUCUGGUCUGGAAACGACAUUGUCAUACAUGAAAUCUAUGCGAGCUCAUUUUAACACCAUACAGCAGGACAUGUGGAACUGGAAGACAUUUUUAGUUUUUCAAACUUGCAUUUUAGUUUGCAGUUUCUAUUAGUUUGUCUUGGCGUGGGAUUUAAUCUUAGCCUGUUGAGUCGUCAUUUACGGAUUCUAACGCGCGAAAUAUAUCUGUCUGUGCGAUCUUUUAAUUUACCCUGCGGAUUCCCUAUCGUCUGCUUCAUUAUUACGUAUCCAAUAAUAUCGACAGUCUAGGAAGUUACAAAGUGUUUAAAAUCGGGUAAAUUUGAUCUCGAAUUUAUCCGAUCUCACCGAAAAAGUCGGCUUUUUCUUUGGCUGGCUAUGGAUAUUACGAGCCAUACGGCGGACCCACUUUCUCCGAGGGCUAACGCAUUCAGCAUCGCUUCACUUAUCUCGCCGAGCGACAGGGAAGGCGACGAGGACGAGCUGACCGCCGGGACUGGCGGCGUGGUAUGUCAGGACAGUUCCGUUGCGUCUCUUCAAGCCUUGCACGAGGUACAGAACGGAAACGAUUGGGGAUUAAGAUACAACAACGAUUAUCACAACAUGGAAGGAACGAAUGAUUCAAGAACGAAUGGCGACUACGGUGACACAAACCACCUCAGUGCGGGAAAUCUUAACGGACAGACAGACGUCACAAGUCCCAAUCCAAAGCGAAAGAACUCGGUUAGCGAUCGCUCACAUACGGGCGAGUCGUCCCCUAUGACGUACGGCAGCGAUGGCAGCCCAAGCAGUGGCAGCGGAAUCGGAGGAGACGGUCGACGGGAGAGUUCCGGGGAACAGGAUAUGCAGGCGCUGAAGAAGAGAAGGCAGGCGGAUGAGAAACCGAUGAGUGCGAAAGUCGCAGGGGUCGAAGUUAGAUUAGAGAUGAAAGCGUUAUGGGACGAGUUUCAUUCCUUGGGUACAGAAAUGAUAGUCACAAAGGCAGGCAGGUAAGACUGCAAUCUUUAUGUGCUUCAUAAAUAACAAUA